GAGGCGGCACAGCGGCGGUAGAGACGGCAGCGAGGAAAAAGAGGAGGAGGAGGAACAGCACGACGGAGGAGGCGACGACGGCACGCUGUUACGUUAGCGUUUCGGCUAAUGGUCGAAACGUCGAUCCGUCACUUCACCACGCUCAAUUUACCGAUGCUGCAGCCACCGUCUCCCCUCUUGGAGAUGGCGUCCCUGCGUUUACCGGACUCGGACGAGUUCGACGUUGACACGCGUCGCAGGAGCAACAACGGCAACGUGCCGGCUACGACGACCGUCGCCGCGAGUGCGCCGCCGCCCGGUACCGGUACCCUGCUGCAGAUGAAGAGCGAUUUCGGCGACUACCUCCACAACAUCAUCACAGAGGCGAUCUCGACGAGCCCGCGCGGCGCGAUGGAGGACGGCCAGGUUCACGGGCUGUUCAACGCCAGCAAGACGACGAAUCUGACGGCGAUCGAGCAGGCGCCCGACCGGCUCUACCGGCACAGCAUGGCCAUGUCGGCGGUCUACUGCGUGGCCUACGUGAUCGUAUUCGUGGUCGGUCUGAUCGGCAACAGCUUCGUCAUCGCCGUGGUGUACCGGUCACCCCGUAUGCGGACCGUCACGAACUUCUUCAUCGUCAAUCUCGCGGUCGCCGACGUGCUCGUCAUCGUUUUCUGCCUGCCGGCCACGUUGAUGAGCAACAUCUUCGUCCCUUGGUUCCUGGGAUGGUUCAUGUGCAAAGCGGUCGCUUAUAUACAGGGCGUCUCCGUGGCGGCCUCCGUCUACAGCCUGGUCGCGGUUUCCCUAGACAGGUUCCUGGCGAUCUGGUGGCCGCUAAAGUGUCAGAUCACGAAACGGCGGGCACGCAUGAUGAUCGUCGUGAUCUGGUUCAUCGCUUUGACGAUGACGUCGCCGUGGCUCCUGUUCUUCGACCUGGUCGCGAUCUACGAGGACGAGCCAGACCUGCGUCUCUGCCUGGAGACGUGGCCGCACCCCGAAGACGGCUCGUUGUUCUUCCUGAUUGGCAACCUGACGCUCUGCUACGUACUGCCGAUGAUCCUCAUAUCCCUUUGCUACAUCCUCAUUUGGAUAAAGGUGUGGCGCAGGCACAUACCCACCGAUACGAAAGACGCCCAGAUGGAGAGGAUACAGCAGAAAUCGAAGGUGAAGGUGGUGAAGAUGCUGGUGGUGGUCGUGAUACUCUUCGUGCUCUCGUGGUUGCCGCUCUACGUGAUCUUCGCGGUGAUCAAGCUGGGCGGCGACGUGGCCGAGCGCGAGGACGAGAUCCUGCCGAUCGCCACGCCGAUCGCCCAGUGGCUGGGCGCCAGCAACUCCUGCAUCAACCCGAUCCUCUAUGCCUUCUUCAACAAGAAGUACCGGCGCGGCUUCAUCGCCAUCCUCAAGAGCGGCCGGUGCUGCGGCAAGCUCAGGUACUACGAGACCGUCGCGAUGAUGUCCUCCUCGACGAGCAUGCGCAAGUCCUCGUACUACGUUAACAACAACAACAACAAUAAUAACAACAAUAACUCGUCGACGAGACGCGCCUGGCACGGGCCGCCGGUCCAUCAAGACAGCAACGUCUCUUAUAUAUUCAACCACACCGGCGUGUAAUCGCGGUUCGCCUGAGCCGAGGGCGCCCUGAAGCGGCCUCGUUUUCAUCACACUUUAACCGUAAACCGGCCGAUCAAACUGGAAGAGGACCACCGUGGUGCGGUGGUCCUCCUUUGCGGCCGGCACCAAGUCUGGCCGACAAGAGUCCGCCGGUCCGAGAUUUCCGGGUCAUCCGCGGGAUGAUCGCCACGAUUGUUACUCGGGUCGGAAGUCGCGAAGACGGGAAGCGAACGAGCGAGCGAACGAGGGGAAAAAAUCUUGGCGAAUGAGCGAACGGGAAGGGGAAGGGGGGGAGGGGGACCGAGGGUUCUCAGGAAGAUCCUCCCCCGAAAAUCAGACCACACGGGACGCGGAGCGUCGUCCUUUCAUUGUCGUUACCGAAGACAUCGCUGUCUGGAUUUUGUCACAAUGUAGCCACUACGUACACAUGUAACAUACUCUAGUUGUUAAGAGAGGAUCUCGCUGCUUUUGUGGGCGCGCGCGAUCGUUCUUCGUCCGGAAGGGGAGACGCGAGGGACGCGAAAUGACGCUUGAACGAGGCCCUUCUUCUGGGAUUUGUCCUACAUGUCGAGAUAUUUGUAUGUCCGCCGUUUCGAGCGCACGCUCCAACGGACGGUAGAUCUAGUUGAGUGUACCAAUUAAAUGUAACGUACGAGUUCGCCCCGCGCGCGAUCGCGCGUAUUCUCCUCGCGUGUCGAGUAUGUAAUUAGCGCGGGAGCGGCGAUGACUGUAUCGCGCCAGCUCGGGCGGGCGGAGCUGCGCUUCGAGUCGUUGUCCCUCGACAACGAUAGACAACGUCGCGGCUCUCUUCCGUCCGUCACGGACGAGAGAGAGAGAGAGAGAGAGAGAGAGAGAGAAAGAGAGAGAGA